CGCCAGCCGCGUCUCUUCCCUCGCAAACCCACGUUUCAAAAAAAAGAGAGGAAAGCAAAGUUCCUUCUUCCCUCGAAAAAAAAAAUCAGUCUCGCCAUGGAGAGCAGCGUUGGCAUAGAGAAGGCCGCAGCGGUGGCGGUUGGUGCAGGUGUGGGCGGGGGAGGUGGAGGGUACGGCUGCGGCGGGUGGGAGACGCCGAAGCGCGAGGAGUGCCGCAUCCCGGCGACGCUGCCGUGCCCCGCGGCGCCGAGGAAGGCCGUGCCGGACUUCGGGAAGCGGCGCAGCCCGCCCAAGAACGGCUACUUCCAGCCGCCGGACCUGGAGGCGCUCUUCGCGCUCGCGCCGCGCCGCCAGGCCUUCUGCGCGUGACUUGGCGCGGACUUGAUUUUUUGGGGAGGGAGUUGUAGAUAGCUUGCCGGUCUCGCUCUGUUGUACUCUUUCUAGUGGGGGUGUUUAGUGGCCGCGGGUGUAUUAGGGAGGCAGUAGGGUGGUUUUAGGGAGUAGUAGGUAGGUAGGUGGUGGACUCUUAAAUCAUAAGCAUACUGUUUGGUUAAGCUGAUGAAAUCCUUAUAUAUGUUUCCUGUCA